AUGGAGCUCAAAGAUGCCAACAAAAACUUCUGCUCUUGCAAACGCUUCCUCCUAUUCACACUUGUUUUGUUUCAAACAUUCUUAUGCUUCCAAUAUUCCUUCACCUCUAUUGCGUCUGUAGCCACAAACACAACUGUUGAAACUCCGGCCCAUAAUGUGUCUGAAACAUGUCCGUCCGGCGGGGUUUACGUCUAUGAUUUACCACCCAUGUUCAACAAAGAAAUGCUACACAAUUGCUCUAGUUUGGACCCGUGGAGCCCACGAUACUGCGACGCCGUUUUGAACGGUGGGUUCGGCCGGAGAGCGACGGAGAUCGCUGGGGUGGUGCCGGCGAGCCUAGCUCCGGCUUGGUACUGGACGGACCAGUUCAUGUUGGAAGUGAUUUUCCACAAUCGGGUUUUGAAGCAUAGGUGUAGAACUUUGGAGCCCGAAUCCGCUACGGCUUUCUACAUUCCCUUUUAUGCUGGACUCGCUGUUGGGAGGCUUCUUUUCACUGGCCGUAGCGGCGAAGAGCGCGAUAGGGAUUGCGAGAUGUUGUUGAGGUGGGUCCAACACCAGCCCUAUUGGAAAAGAUCGAACGGCUCAGAUCACUUCAUAACGCUGGGACGGAUGGUAUGGGAUUUUCGACGGUGGGGGGAGAACGAAUGGGGGUCCAGCUUUGUCUACAUGCCCGGAAUGAAGAAAGUCAAUCGCCUCGUCAUUGAGCGGAGUCCGUGGGACCCACUCGACAUCGGUGUGCCUUACCCCACUGGAUUCCAUCCCAGAUCCGAUGCUGACGUGUUGGAGUGGCAGAGGCAUGUUCGCGCACACAAGCGGAGCCGCCUCUUCUGCUUCGUCGGAGGGAAACGUGGCGCAUUCAAGGACGAUUUUAGAGGUCGGUUGCUGAGUUAUUGUCAGAACGAGUCAGAUUCUUGCCGACUCGUGGAUUGCAGCGGGACUCGGUGUUACAAUGGCGCCUCGGCUAUCUUGGACACGUUCUUGGGUUCGGACUUCUGCCUGCAACCCAGAGGGGACACGUACACGAGGCGGUCAAUGUUCGACUGCAUGGUGGCCGGUUCAAUCCCGGUUCUUUUUUGGAAGCGGACCGCUUAUGAUCAAUACGAGUGGUUUUUACCGGGUCAACAGCUGGCGAGUUAUUCAGUUUUUAUUGAUCACGAAUUGGUGAAAAAUGGAACGGCCAUAAUUAGGAAGGUGCUUGAGAAGUAUAGCAGAGAAGAGGUGAGGAAGAUGAGGGAGAGGGUGAUUGAAUUUAUUCCGAAACUUUUAUAUGCAAAACCUCAAGAGGUGUAUGCCAGACCCCAGGAGGGGUUGGAGACCAUAAAGGACGCUUUCGAUGUGGCUAUUGAGGGGGUGCUCAGGAGGUUCAGGGAGCAAGAGGAGUGGGGGUUCAAGUGGUAAUAAUGGAAAGAAAAUAUAUAUAUAAAUUGUUUUAGAUUUAUAUUUAUUGAAUGAAAAAAAUAGGAAAUUUUUAUGAGGAGGCAGUUAAUAGUGUUAUUAUAGUUAUAUGUUAUUCUUAGAGUUUUGAAAAAGGCCAGGAAAGGGGAGGAUUUGGUACAAUGUAGUUGUUUUACUAGAUUGUACAUGUUGUAUAGUAUAGAGUUAUUUACAUUUACGAUUUGUAUUCUUUUGUUGAGGAAUCGGACUCGGAAUUUCUGGGUUUAAAUUUGUACGCAAAUGAAGGGUACGUUUGUAAUAAUAGUGCUGGCCUUCCCCUCACCAAAUGGAUCAAAUGCUUAGGACCACGUAUUGGCAGUGGUCCAUAAUGUUGGAAGGAAGGUGGACAGUGUCUUUUUGGGGACCAUGGGCAUGGUAGGCAUCCAAUAAUAUCAUGAAACAAUUGGGAAAUAAAUUAUGUGUUGUCGUUGUUGUUGUAAUG